GAAGAAGAGGAAAUAAGGCAGGAUUACUCGCGCAUGCGCAGACACGUACUUCCCUGUUGUGUCUUGUGAAACUACUAACUUACUAGUGAUGUUUCAAGCUCUGAGUGUUUUCACAAGGCACGUCGGCACCACAAAAGCGAAUCCACUCUGGGUUUACAGGCGAAACAUGGGCAGUUUAAGCAGAGAAAACCGCUCCAUCCAUUCAAACAACAUCCAGGACGUACAUAACAUCCCAAUGGAUGUGAUUAUACGACCCAUUCCGCCUGUUCUAGACGAACAGAAAGUCCAAAGCCUCAUGACCAGCAUACAGGAGGACGCAGGUAUUUCAGUUGUGCCUCCCAUAGACGUGCUUUGGAUCACAGGAGAAAAGGGAGGCAAUUAUUAUUAUUCUUUUGGAGGAUGUCAUCGAUUUGCUGCCUAUCAUAGGUUAAAAAUGAAAACCAUACCAGCCAAGAUCAUCAAAUCUAAUAUUUCAGACUUACGGACCUACCUGGGAGCAUCUACGCCGAAACUACUGUGAUCCAACCACUGAUCUACAUAUGUUCUAUGUAUGUUAUAGAUCAGUGGAUCCAACACACAUUAUAAGAGACGCACCGAGGCGGUAAACCCGUGUUGCCAUCUAGAUGAUGUUCAGGAACAUUUAUUCCGUAUGGCUGUGUUUCUUAUGACACUGAUAAAGAUACUUUAUAUUUUGUAAAGGCACUUUGAUGUUCCUGGUUAAGAAAAUAUUCACACAAGUUUCUUAAUAAUUUUCUUGUCAGUUACUCUUCUCUGGUUGUAUCUGUAUGAAUCAAAGAUUUUUAUUCCUUUUGAUCAACAUAAUUUGUUUUGCUUGGUCGCUGUCUGUUUCAAAUCACGACGACUAAACAGAUCUCUCUUCAUCUGGCAAUUCUUAGUCUGACCACUAGAUGGCAGCAUUACAACACUGAUUGAUUAAAGCAGGGCUUCCAGGACUUUGUUUGUCAGUGAAACCCUCCAGUCUGAUCUAAAAUAUUAAUUUUUAGAGACUAUAAAUAGAUAUUUAAUUAAUUUAACAACACAUUUGCUCUGUUAUUGGCUAAUAUGAAGUAUUCAAUAAAAUAUGUAGUCCU